GUAUUUGUCGCUAAAUUCUUGGUAUUUUUAAGCGGUUUUAACUAUUGGAGUACAAACAUGGGAUACGGAUAUUGUGUGGCUAUGAAAACUGGCAUUAGUGGAUCUUCUUCUUGGACCCUUAAGCUCUUUCUUUUGUUCGCGAGUGCGCUGGUUAUUCAUGGGCAGGUCCGCUAUUCUAUCCCCGAAGAAAUGCCAAAGGGAUCUGUUGUGGGGAAUAUCGUGCAGGAUUUGGGGCUGGAUGUGAAAAGAUUGAAAACUGGCCGUGCACGGAUUUUCUCUGAGGGCAGUCGUGAGUACAUAGCGCUGAACAAUGACCGAGGCACUCUUAUUGUGAAAGAAAAGAUUGACCGAGAAGAAAUGUGUGGCCAAGUAACACCGUGCUCUUUAUAUUAUCAGAUUAUACUCGAAAACCCAGUUGAACUGCAUGGCAUUGACGUCGAGAUAUUAGAUAUAAAUGACAACGCACCAUUGUUUCCAGAGGCUAUUGUAAAACUAGAGAUAAGCGAGGGGUCUGUCGUGGGGACUCGCUUUCCAUUAGAAAAUGCUUUCGACGCAGAUGUUGGAAUGAAUUCCAUCCAGUCAUAUUCUCUUUUUCCAAGCGACCAUUUUAAGCUUAAUCAACAAUCCCACUCAGACGGCGCUAAAUAUCUGGAAAUGGUUCUGCAGACCAUACUCGAUAGGGAGACUACAGAGGCGCAUGUUUUAACUCUCACUGCUGUAGAUGGGGGUUCUCCGAGUAGAACAGGGACAGUGAAAAUACAUAUAGAUGUAUUAGACGUGAAUGACAACGCGCCAGUAUUUACAUCUCGUGUUUACAAAGCAUCUUUACCUGAGGAUUCUCCUAAAGGCACGGUAGUGGUGACUGUUAGUGCAUCUGAUGCUGAUGCUGGCACGAAUGGAGAGGUGUCAUAUUCACUUGCGCACACAGAUAACAUGGCGGAUGUGUUUGACAUAGACAGCGCGUCUGGUGAUGUAAAGGUGUUAGGAAAGCUAGAUUAUGAAAACAACAAACAAUAUAAACUGAAUGUGAAGGCAAUGGAUCGGGGACGUUUAAGUGACACAGCUAAAGUAUUGAUUGAUGUUUUCGACGUGAAUGACAAUGCUCCCGUCAUUACUGUUAUGACAUUUUCUGAUAACAUCCCUGAAAAUGCUCUACCCGAUACAGUGGUAGCAGUGCUGAAUGUUAAAGACUUAGACUCAGAGAAAAAUGGAGAUGUGCGCCUCAGUGUCGACAAAGACGUACCUUUUAAAAUCAAAUCUUCGUCUUCCAAUAUUUUCAGAUUGGUUACUGAUCAGGAAUUGGACAGGGAAAGGGUCCCUCAAUACAAUAUAACAUUGACAGCUACUGAUCAGGGGACCCCAUCACACUCCACAACUAAAGUUUUGCAUUUGAAAGUAUCAGAUAUUAACGACAAUGCACCCACUUUUGAGAGUGGUAGUUACACCGCAUAUGUCAUGGAGAAUAACGCACCGGGCCUGUCUGUCUUUUCUGUAAAGGCCAGUGACAAAGACACAGGCCACAACGCUCGAAUAUCGUAUUAUUUGGAGGAGACUCAGAUGAAUAAUGAUUUGAUUUCAACAUAUGUAUCCAUCAACUCAGAGAGUGGUGUCAUACAUGCUGUGCGGGCUUUUGACUUUGAACAAAUGAAGGAAUUACGCAUCAGAGUUAAAGCUUUAGAUGGAGGAUCCCCGCCUCUCAGUAGCAACACCACCGUCACUAUUGUAGUUACAGAUCAGAAUGACAACACACCACAGAUACUUUACCCCGUGCAAACCAGUAGCUCUAUGGUAGCUGAGAUUGUGCCUCGGUCAGCUGAUAUUGGCUAUCUGGUCACUAAAGUGGUGGCUGUAGAUGUGGACUCUGGACAGAAUGCCUGGCUCUCAUAUAAACUACAGAAAGCUGCAGACAGGCCGCUGUUUGAAGUGGGCGCACAGAAUGGAGAGAUCAGAACUGUGCGCCAGGUGACUGAUAAAGAUGCUGUGAAACAGAAACUCACUGUUAUAGUGGAGGACAACGGACAGCCCUCUCGCUCUGCUACAGUCACUGUGAACGUGGCAGUGGCCGACAGCUUCCCUGAAGUGCUGUCAGAGUUCACCGAGUUUACGCACGACAAGGAUUACAAUAACAACUUGACUUUCUUUUUGUUGUUGGCUCUCAUUGUAGUGUCAAUACUUUUCAUUUUCUCUGUCAUUGCGAUCAUAUCUGUUAAAAUCUACAGAUGGAGACAGAGAAAGUUGUUUUAUAAAUCAGCAAAUAAUCUCCCUGUCAUUCCUUACUAUCCAACGAUGUACUCUGACGGAACUUUGCACCAUACCUACAAUUAUGAAAUGUGCGGGACAACUGAUUCUAGAAUGACUGACGUAAAGCCCAUGAGACCAUACAGUCAGAGCACGCUGGUGAGCCUGAGUCGACCUGGGACAGUUCAGAGGCAACAGAAGCAACAGCAGGCUGAUGCUGACGAUAUCUCCCCAGAGGUGAGUCUUAUAGCAUUACGAAACUGGUAAUACUUAAGAUUUAAGCUAAUGCUACAUGUAUUAUAUGUAAAUCAAUCAUAGCCAGUAAGUCAGCACCAUUGUUUCAGCACCAUGGACAGCAUCCACUACAGCACUUGUAGUAACAGGGUUUAGCUGAUG